GAAGAGUGUGUUGGACGUUCCGCUCAAAACGUUGUCAAUGUCAGUUUGACUGCACGCUCACACUUCGUGUUCUUUGACUUGAUUGUCUCUCAUUUCCACUAUAUUUCAUCCCGCAGUCAUGUCACUCGACGGUCAACCCAUGAAAAUUCCUCCUCCAGUUCUUGAGCCUUCGUUACUCGCUGCACAGCUCAAUGGCACCAAGCCAAUAAGUAAUGGACACGCGUCAGAGAGUAACGAUAGUUCGUCAACCUCUGAGCGCUUACAAGUCAUUAAUGAUGAGAAGAACUUCACAACCCACUUGACAUCUCAGAUAGGACGAUGGGGUCUGCGCGACGCUGGCUUCAAUUAUAACAUAGUAUCUGUCUUCGGGUCGCAGUCUACUGGGAAGAGUACACUGCUAAACAGGCUAUUUGGUACUACCUUUGACGUCAUGGAUGAGACCAGACGACAGCAGACUACGAAAGGUAUCUGGAUGUGCCGAGGGAAGGACAUGGGUGUCAUGGUUAUGGACGUGGAAGGCACGGAUGGACGAGAACGUGGAGAGGAUCAGGACUUUGAACGCAAAUCCGCUCUUUUCUCCCUUGCUUCGUCAGAAGUACUUCUCAUCAACCUCUGGGAGCACCAAGUUGGCUUAUAUCAGGGUGCAAACAUGGGUCUUCUGAAGACCGUGUUUGAGGUGAACCUUGGUUUGUUCGGCAAGAAAGCUCAAGAUGGUUCUCAAGGGCGUACUCUGCUACUAUUCAUAAUUCGAGACCAUAUUGGGGUUACUCCCCUCGCGAACCUCCAAGCUACCCUUACUGCAGACCUUGAGAAUAUUUGGGAUUCGCUUUCUAAACCGCAGGAUCUCCAGGAUCGGCGACUUUCGGAUUACUUUGACCUAGCAUUCACAGCACUACCUCACAAGAUCCUCGCAACAGAGAAAUUCGAGGCUGAAGUCCAAGAACUGCGGAAACGGUUUGUGGACAAGCAGAGAGAUGAUUUUGUCUUCAAGCCUGCUUACCAUAAGAGAAUUCCCGCUGAUGGUGUGGCGUUCUACAUGGAAAACAUAUGGGAACAAGUUCAAACGAACAAGGACCUUGAUCUGCCUACGCAGCAAGAACUCCUCGCACAAUUUCGAUGUGACGAGAUAUCCUCCGUUGCGCUUGCAGAGUUCACGGAACAGUCGAAGUCGCAACGGAGACCCAUCGAGGCAGGUCAUGUUGUGGAAGGUCUCGGUGGUUUGAUGCAAAACUGGAGGUCUGAAGCACUCAGUCGCUACGACCGUGAUGCAUCUCGCUAUCACCAAGGGGUGUACCAACGCAAGCGUACUGACCUUCUUGGGGUUCUAGAAUCGGCUCUUUCUCCCCUCUUCCUUGGGCAGCUCAAGAACUUACACAAGUCAUGCCUCAGCGUCUUCAAAAAGGAGCUUCUUGAGGGCUUGCGUGGUGAGGAGUAUAACUUCGCGGAUGUAGUUGAGAAGGCGCGAACGAAGUGCGAGACGCGGUUCGCAGAUGGUGCGAAGGAAGUCUCGCUGGAGGACACUGACUGGACAUGGCAGGAUGAAUUCGAGUCUCUCAAAGAAGAGAUUGGUAAUGUGGCUGACCAGUGCAGGAGGGAUGAGACGAAGAAGAUGGUCAACUUGAUUGAGAGAAACUUCAAAAAGCAAAUUUCUGAACCCGUUGACAUAAGUCUCAACAAAGCGACACCUGACAUGUGGGACAAGGUCUUGAGCACCUUCAAACAAACGCUCGAGAAAGCCGAGUCGACCUAUUUGGCAAAGGCGAAAAGCUUCAACUGCACGGAUGACGAGAAUGUGACAUCUCUCGCUGCCCUGCGGAAACGUACUUGGCUCGCUCUACGAGCCAAGAUCGACGAGCAGACUGCCGAUACUGUUAUCCUCGGGAAGUUACGGGCUCACUUCGAAGAGCGCUUCCGCUACGACGAGAAUGCUAUUCCUCGGGUUUGGAGACCUGAUGAUGAUAUCGAUGGGGCCUUUAAAUGGGCUAAGGAGCAGACAAUGGAUCUCAUUCCCCGCUACGCCAAUAUCGCCCCCGUUGAUUCUUCCCUUGCAUUCGUACUACCCUCUGAAUCCUCAGAUCCCCUCACUUCCACGGAUGAAUUUGAUUUCCCUUCAACGCUCGUCAUCUUCACUGAGACGAAGUCUCUUGACCUUGCUUCUCGCUUCCGAAAGGAUGCAGAUGCAUACUAUGUCGAAGCGAAGCGCAGCACUGUCUCAAGCAUUGCACAGAUUCCAUACUGGAUGUAUAUCGUCCUCGUCUUGCUUGGCUGGAAUGAGUUUAUGAUGGUGCUGUUCAGCCCUGUGUAUUUCACGUUCACAUUGGUAGCAUUGGUGACCUCUUAUUUCACCGUCAAACUGGGCUUGACAGGUCCUUUGCUUCAGCUUUCGAAAACAGUCCUGACUGAGGCGCAGACGCAAGCUACCAACCGCUUGAGGGACCACUUUUCGCAGCCUGUUUCAGCACAGCCCGCGGGAGCAAGCUCUGUCAGGGAUUAUAACGAGGAUAGCGAUCAGGAGAUGAGAAGAUCGAGGGCGACGCCAUAUAUGUAACUGCCUCUUUUCUUCAUUUCUCGGAGCCGUUUGUUUUUAAAUUUUAUCACCCGGAGCAUGUUCUAGAUUUGUCAUUAAGCAUAAAUUCGUGUAAUUCUCAGUUCUACCGCUCGAGGCAGGUGCGGCUAUUGACAGUAUUCUGUGAAUGAAAAAGAUGCUUGAUGUGAAAAAAAAUGUGAUCUGACCCAGGCUCGAACUGAGGACCUUCUGUGUGUUAGACAGAUGCGAUAACCAACUACG